AGUCAAGUAUAGGCUAUACAUUCAAAAUGAUGUUCUCAAUGGUACAUUAAUUGUAAAUCAGAAAAAUGAUACUGAACAAGAUUUGUCUGAUUACAUAAAUUAUCACGCUGUUGCGCAACUUCUUACAGCUUCAACAGCUCAUGCUGUUCGCUCUGUAUAACCAGCAAUUCCACAUGUAAAACUCAAUUUGAAUCGCAAAUUUCAAGAUAUUUUCCGAUUUGCAAAUAAACAAUUGAUAAGUAUUCAUAUUAAGUCACAAAAUUAUUGUUUAAUAAAUUGCAUGUCAUUACAAACUUUCUUUUAAAGUUCAUAUUGUGUUUGUGUAGGGAACGAAUUGAUUCAAUAACUUCUGUUACUUGUUGCAGGAGAAAUGAAAAAAAUGAAUAACAACUUGUUCUACUUGAGGGAAACGCAAAACGAGCUUGUCAAAUCUGUUGAAGUUUUAAGAACUGCGCAGGAAAGCCGUGCAAAUGUGGAUAUGCCAAGCCUGCAAUACCCCCCAGAGGGAAUAAUUGAGGAUUUUCCUGCUUCAACUAUGGAGAGUUUGCAGAAAAUUGAACGAAAACUCAUGGAAAGGAGUUUCCUAAUCAGAUGUGAGACAUAUGUUGCGUCAUGCGCCGACAAAACAUCAGAAGGGCGCACAAUUACUAGCAUAAUGGGGAAGCUGGUGACGCUCGACGUAGCCGUCAACUUCUCUUGGAAGGGAGUGCAACGGAAAGAUCACAAAAUAGAGAAAAAACCAUUUAAGGAUCUUCUGAUAGCCAAAGUUAUGAUUGCUGCUACAAAACGGUGCUGGCCAAAAUCAGAGUUGAAGCAAGUCCAAUUGAAAGCGGCUACAUGGCUUGCACAAGCCCAAUCAAAGUUGGACAAAAUGAAUCAGCCAACACCAGCUAAUCGACAUCGAUUGUGAAGAUGAGCUUGUCAAAUAGAUAAGAAUAUAGUACAUAGAAAAGAUAGUAGUGACAUCAUAAACAAUAAAUUAGUAAUUGAUUAUAA